CAUUCGCCUUUUGCUAUUACGUCAACGUCAAUGUCAUUUCGUGACAUUAGAAAAUAGGUUACAAAAUAAUGUAACUUUUAUUUAUUAAGUAACGAUCAUAUCAUUAAAUCAUAAUGUGCACAACACCGUCAUCAUCAGCACCUCCGCCUCCGCCACCCUUACCACUCUUAACACCCGAAAGCAAAUUUAGAUCCAACAAAUCUCAUGAAAUUUCUGAGGAUCCAAGUAUUUGUGAAUGGGCUUCUUCAGAAUUAGAUUUAAGGAAAGCUUGCAUAACAUAUCAAAUAUGCCUCACUCGUGCACCUUUUCGUUAUAAAUACAAACAUUUUCAAUAUAUACUACAAGAAGGGCCGACUUGUGGUUUGGUAGCUCUGUCCAUGUUUGUUAGGGGAGAAGUCGCCCCAGAAGAAUUGCUAAAUCUCAGUAAGUUUCUUGGAUACAGCAAUAAUGGCGAGAUGUUGAGUUGCAAAGAUAUGGCUAAAUUAGCCGAGAGGGUAUUAAGUUUGGCUGAAAUGGAAAAUAUUACAUGUACUUUAAAAAAAGGUGGACUUUAUAGUCAAGAAAUCAUUGAAGAUUUGUUUAAUGGUGCUAUUUUAUUAGUUCCUUACGAUGCUGAUUAUAAUCAUUCACCUUGUCUAAGGCAAGGUCACACAGCACACUGGGCUCUAGUUUGUGGCAUAAUAAUUAUUAAGAACCCUGGAGAUACAUACAUGUCUGACCCUAGUAAUAUCUAUGUUUUAUGCAGACAUGGAAAGUCUAAGCUUGUUGCUGCUUGGACUCUAGAUGACCUAUAUAAAAGUAACAUGAAUUUAUGGGAGUUCUGUCCAAAGAAAGCUAACGAUGGCCUAUUAUAUGUCCAGCCGGAGGGAGGAUUGGGGGGAGAAAAUGGGUUGCGGGAUCAAUUUUUAUUAUUCAAGUAUACUUAAGUAUAAGUAUUUUAUAGUUGGU